UCCAGCCAGCUAGCCAGCAGCAACUUUAGUGAGCAGUGAGAGCAAGGCAAGGAAAAAAGUUCUUGUAUUAGCUGGACGUGUGCUGCAAACUGUGGUCGCAGGAUUCGUUGUUUGUUGGACAUUUUCUAGUUUUUCCAGGUGAAAUUCGGAUGCGAGCUAGCAAAAUUGUGGUGCAAUCGGUGGAUGCGACCUUCGCGAGUGAAGAUCGAGUGCAGCCUCAGUGAAUAACGGGAUAAUUGCUUGUGCAGAACGAAAAAUCAAGAGAAAAAACUAGUAUGACAGUGAAGUGAUCCUAUCAGGACAAGAGUGAUAAAUAGGAAAAAAUCCAGUUCGGUAGCAGUUGGGCGCAGCAGCCCGUCAUGGCCUAGUUGGUGGUUUCAUAUCAAUUGGAUUAAUCAACGAGUUAGAAAAAGUAAGCAGUCGAUGGAUUAAUAAACCCUGAUUGAAGUCUAGUCCAGGUGAUUCAGUUAUCGCCACAGACGUCUUCGGAAUAAGAUGCCUCUCAGGCCUGCGAGUGUAUUGUUAGUCAGUAAGACAGCCGACAGCCAUUAGUGCGUGUUUUCUCGUGACAAAUCGUCGCUGUGCUUUUCUAGUGAAUGGAGUAUUAGAAUUAAUUCUAGCGAAAAUAAUAAAUAUAUUCUCAGUGUAAGUGAUAUACUGCCGAACGGAGUGAAACAAAUCAGCCCGCGAGUGCGAAACCCUAGCGAUAUGUGGUAUCUCGGAGCCGCAGCUAGAAUGCGGCCCCCGAGCGGUCCCAUAGGGGCCCCUGAAGGCCUACAGCCCUCACUUUGGCCGGCAGCGCAACGUAGUCAUCGAUCGAAAUCAGUCAGUGUUUCAAUGUUAGCCGUUGUAGUAGUAGUGUUAGUGUUAAAUCUAAAUAUUGUCGUAGUAUCGUGUAAGCACCAUCGCCAUCAUAGCGCUAGCAGCGAAGAGUUCAAGUUCGACCCAACGAACAGCUUCGUAAGCUUAGUCCUGCCGCACGACACAUAUCCGGGCUACAGCAUUCAGAAGUUCAGCGCCAACUUCACCAAUCCGAACUCACCAUUCUCGUCGAUCUCGUCAUACUCAUCCAAGCCGCUCAACUAUCGGCUGCUGGAGACGGAUUACUCCAAGUACUUCACCGUCCUGGACGAUGGUAUGGUCAUGACGACUUCCGACCUCUCCCCGCUAGUCAACCGGCCGGUGAAGCUGGUCGUCCUCGAGGAGACACCCAAUUCCACUGCCACGCACCAGCUGCAGCUGUACAUUAUGAACCGCAAAGAUAUGCUACACUUCCCCAGUGCGCUCGGAGAAAACGUCGGUAAACUCAGUGAGAACAAGAACGCCGGUACGCGAGUUCGUGAACUUCCGCUUCUACAGGCAAAUUCCGCGCGCGGUGCCAAAUCGGUUAUCUAUACGAUCGUCGCCGGUAACGACGGUCACGCGUUCGCACUGGAAGACAGCAGCAGCGGAACGGUCAAGAACACCGUCCGCAUUGACGACACCAGAAAGCACGGUGUUUGGCUUGUGUCCAACAAACCCUUGGAUCGCGAAACCAAGGACGAAUACGUCGUGGUUGUGGAAGCCUCGGACUUGAAGAAGAUCAACAAAGCGAAAGUUAAACUGCAAGUGAACAUUUUGGACGUGAACGACAACCAUCCGGUGUUCACCAAGCCCGACUACCGCUUCACAGUGACCGGUGUUAAGUCAACAAACGCCUACGGCAACGAAACUAUUUCCUGGGAACGGUUCACAAGCAUUGGAAAAGUUGAAGCCAAAGACGCCGACGGCGAUAAGGUAGCGUACCGCCUGAUGAACCCAAGCAACACCGUGGUGAUCGUUCCCCAAACGGGUGAACUCCUGCUCGCGGACGAGCCGGACCUCUCGGAGGUAUUUGUUGACGUUGAGGCUCACGAUAUCCGCUCGCCUAGUCUGAAGAGUGAGAAACCUGCCCGGGUGAUGAUCGAGUUUGUUGCCCCGGAUCCGGUACCGGUUAUCGUCCAGCACAUGAACCACGAGUACCAGCACUCGCAUCGCCGUGACAAGCGUCGUGUUACCCGUGCUGUUCGGCCGACCAAGCGGAUCGAGUUCUCCGAAGCGGAUGGCGAUACCGAGGGUCGUAAUGUGUUCCAGCUGGAGAAGGAAACUGACCGGGAAACGUUUAAGAUACGUGACGAGAAUCCGUGGGUUACGGUGGAAACCAACGGUGCAGUGCGAGUUAAGAAGAAGUGGGACUACGAGGAGUUGGGACCGGAGAAGACACUCGACUUCUGGGUGAUCAUCAGCAACCAGGGAGGACAUAACGGUAAGUGGAAGCGGGAUGAAUUAUUGUAAAUGUUCUGUAUUGUU